AUGCUUCCCUGGAGUACUUCUCAAGGCGCAUCCAACGGUGUAAAUUAUAGUCUGUUCCAGAUUGGCCAGAUCUUGAUAUUUUUCGUCUUGAUCAUGGCUUCCUCUGCUAAAAAACAGAGUGAUAACAGUGAUCCACCCACACAAGGUGGUUCAAUGGAUUCUAGCGAUAAUCCAAGCAAUCAACUAUUUACGUACCAAUCCUUUACCGAUGCUCUCAAGGAACAGAAGAGACACAACUUUGAAGUUGUACCUGAUGUGGAUAACAACACAUUCAAACCUCUGAACACCUACUCAACAUUCAUUGAAGCUAAAGAGCGCAAUUCUAUCGUCAUCGACUGUGCUCAGUUCUUGGGCAUGGAGUUCAAGGACACGAUUCUCCUCAAGGUACUGCGAGAACAGUUUCCCAAAUGCUUAGGUCUCAAGCCUAGGAUCAUUGGCAAAAACAGGAAGAAGGCCAUUGAACUUGGGUUCACAACUGAAAACCUCUGUCGCGACGCUCUCUUGAAGGAAUUCAAGUUCAAUGGAAAAGUCAUUGAAGUCAACAAGACGCUGAAUCAUACUGCAAACGUAAUCGACAUUGGUAUCUCUGAGAUCCCACUCAUGAAAGAGGAUGAAUUGAAACCAGCCUUGAUCAAGAUAUUUGAAAGAUAUGGCGAUAUCUUAAACAUUGGUAUCUCAAAGAGUGGAGACUCUGACUGGCUUACUGGAAGAGGAUUCACUACUCUUAAUCGGGAUAAAUUAAAGGAGUCCACUUAUGCAAACAUCCUAACCCCUCAAGUUGAAUUAGAAGGUUUCCCAGGCACCAAUUUGCACCUGGUAUGGUCCCAGAUGAAGCCUAUCUGUACUGACUGCCCCAAGAGAACAAGAAGACUCUGUCACCGUUGUAAGAGUUCUAACCACUUGAUUGCGAAAUGCCCUGUAGUCCCAUGGAACAACAAACCAACGGAGGAAAGCAAUGAAACCAAACCAAGCAAGUCUACCCCUGGAUCCAAGCAGAAUGAACUCCAGUUGGUGUCACGUAGAAAUUCCAGCAGCAGAGAAGUCAACCUGCUUGAUCUUGUGAAACAAGGUCAGCCACAACAACCAGCAUCCCAAAAUCAAUUUGAAAUAUUGAAUCACGAAGUGGAAAUGGAAGAGGUCGAAGAGUCCCAAGAAAAUGAAGAAAAAGACACUGAAAAGUCCACUUCACUAGACAAAGGUGUCAAAAUGUCUCGCUCUUCAAGUGAACCAGCCAACAAGAAGCCGAUCAAGGCUACCCCAUCUGUCACACAAUCUACUCCUCACCUCGCCACCAGAAGUAACCAAACAUUGAAGCUCACUGACGUUGACAAGCUCACUCCAUUGAAAUUCAAAAGAAAUCUGGAUGAUGCUAUAUCCCCAAAUGGCCAACAGGAAACUGCCCCAUCUUCAAAAAAAAAAAGAACACAAAAAAGAAUGAAUCAAGCACCAACGAAGCAGCCGGCUCUUCCAAUACCUCUGGUAGCGGAAAGCCACCGCUGA